UUACUUGCAUUUAUUUUUCUGCAAAACUUUGGCGAAAAGCUUUACUGUGUGUUUCCUGCACGUGAACUGCUGCACCAUUUGAGGAUUUCUACAUCAAGCUUUCGGAACCGAAAUCAGAGCGCGAGCUGGGUGAAUGCUGGAGCAAGAGAGGGCUUCUUUGAGCACCAAGCUCGUCUUUGAGGAGAGCAAACGAAGAAUCUUUGAAAGUGAGCGUGAGGCUCAAGCGAAAGAAAUAGCGCUAAUGAAGGAUGCGUUCGUGGAGCUGAAGGAGAAUGUGCAGAUGUUGGUGCACAAUGGGAUGAAGGAGAACAUCAGCAACUUCAUCAGCUCCAGCUCAUUUGACAACAUCGUCAACUUGUACCGGCUGCCCACUGCCAUCAUUGCCUUCACGGACUGCAGGAAGAAGGUGAAGGCUGAAUAUCCCGAAGUGGAUAUUACAAAGAUCACCUUCGACGAGCAAGAAGAAGGAGUGGAGGAGGACGGUGAGAGUAUGUCAGCAGACUUCCAUCCUCAGAUCAAACUGAGGUGGGAGCAUGAUGCAGACGGACAUGCUGUUUUCCCUCCACAGUUCGACUUCGAGUUCAUUGCAGUGGAGGAAGAAGGGGCAGAGGUAGAGGAAGACGAAGUGGAGGCAGGAGUGGAAGGAACUGAAAUGGAUGAGAGCCAACCAGUUCCAAAAGUGGAGAUUCAUCCAGUUCCUUCUAACGAUGAGCAGCAACCAACACAGCCACCUCUUCCAGCUGAGCAGGAGCCAGUUGGGCCACCUCUUCUAGCAGAGGAAUAAUUUUUGUUUGUUAUUUUUCUUUUAUGUCUUUAUUGUAACAACAGUAAAACAAUCUAUUGUAAUACUUUUUUCCUUUGAAUGCAAAUUCAGUUUUGAAAUUAGAUGUUGUGUUUGCUUUACAUUUUUGUUAUUUUUAUUAAUAAAAGAACUAAGAUUAC